AUGUUUAGUACUAGAUUAUUAUUUCAAGCCGGAACUAAGAGUUCACUGGGCAAUGCUACCAAAUCCACAUUCAAGGGAUCAAAAUCUAAUUUAGUAAGUAAUAUUUUUAUCACAUCAUUAUAUUCCCUUGGUGUUUGGUCCAUAUACAAAGAAGUCACUACAGUACGUAAGUUUGAAGACACUGCACCAAUUUCUCCUCAAAAAGGUGAAUCUAUUGCUGAAUUGAUUAAAACCGCUCCAAAUAGAUUAUUUGAAUCUGUGUCUCCGGAUGACAAGAAGGAAUCUGAACCAAUGAUCAUUCUAAGAACAUUGACAUAUGGUGAUCUUUCACAAAUUGCUAUUGGAUCCGGGUUUUUAUUUCAACUAAGUAAUAUUAUGCACAGUGAAUUCGGUAAAGCUUCGUUUAUGUAUAAAGCCUCGCUUGGUACUUCAGUGAUGUUCCCAGUUAUCCUAUAUUUUGCCUUCAAGUUAAGAUUGAAAGAGUUAAAAGAUGAUGGUAUUAAAAUUGAAUAG